UUUAAAUAAAACUUCAUUGAUUUAUAUACAAACGGAAUUUCCGUGGACUUUUUAUAAGAAAAUAGGCGUUUUCUCCGUAACACAUUGAAAGUAAAAUUCCAGGUGAAUUAAGUGUAUAAAAGACGCAACACGAUGCUGAGGAUCAAACUACCACAGGAUAACACUUGCUCCAGCCAGCAGCUGUCUAACACAUAGAGAAUAUGAUGUUGGUUCUACAAGUAACCCUGGUCCUCGCAGUGCUGAGUCAACAUGCGUUCCCCCUAACACAUGGAGCUGUAUUGGGUACAAGCGACGUUCCUACAGAGGGUGCCUCUCCUUCUUUCGAGUCCGAGGUUUCCGACAGUCUGAUUAUAGAAAAUGUUGACGUCAAUAAGUUAUCUGAGGAAAACCUGGAAGAUUUCUUGAUGGCUUUAGACGAAAAGUUUAUCGGAGAGUUAGAUAUCGAGGUUGGUAAACAUACACUGGAAAGUGUUCCUUCCGGAAGAAGGACGAAAAGAUGGAUCCCGCUUGUAGCACGUGGAGCGUUCGCUGUAGGGCGUGGCAUAUUUAGGGCACUUUCCCGAGCAAAGGUGUCCAAGAGUGCAGGGAAAAUUACUCGUCAGUAUAACAGGCGAGGAGACUUCAAAAAGGCUGUCAGCGAUUUCCAUAGACUGAAACCCACAAAUGUCAAACGAUUUAACGGAAGGGAUGGUUUGACUGGUUUGGAGGGACGUGUUGGGAAACACACCGUAAAAGUCCGAUCAAGCAGUUCCGGAAAACGUCCUACCAUUGAAUCCUACAGAACUGAUAAGGCAGCUAGAAAAAUCAUAAGAAAAGUUCGAUACGAUAAAAACUAGACAAUCCAAGCUCCAAUCGAGCUAGGUGGUGAAUGAAAGUAAAUCUUUACAACGAGUUUAAAUAAGAUACGAACUAUAACUUGAUAUUAUACAUACCCUUAUAAAAAUUGUUUUAUUGAAAUCCAUAUUAUGUUUUAGUUAUUUUGAUAUGUCUGAUGUGACUUAAGGCGUUGAUCACGGUCCAAACGGAUUGACAUAUUGGGACAAAGUUGUUCGUUUAUAAAGUAAACGUGAACAGACCUAUUGAUUUUUUUAAAAGAUUUUCCUCUAACAAGAUCCACAUAAUGGAAAGGGCUCAUUAGCAUUCCAUUGUUUAAUGAUGAAUUUGUCUAUUCAUUUUCAUCAUCUUCAUAUUUCAUAUUCGUAUAGAAGGUAUUUUUCCAUUAAAAUUUGACUUUUUGUUACGAUGCAUAACAAUGUAGUCAGCUUAUUGCUGUAAGCGUUGAAAUUAAUGUGUGAAUGGAUUUCAUCAUCAAAUAUAUGCAAUCUUCGUUACUAUUAAAUUUACUUUUAAGUACAAAA